AUGGCUCGACCAACUGGCCUCAUCGCCUCCAAGGGCAUUGAGCUCCUCAGCUGGGGUACACCCAAUGGCGUCAAAGCCCAUAUCCUUCUCGAAGAGCUCCGCGAAGCAUAUGGAAUAGAUUACACCAUACAAGGCAUUAAUAUUGGACUCAAUGUUCAAAAGGAGCCUUGGUUCACCGCCAUCAACCCCAAUGGCCGUAUCCCUGUUCUUGUCGACCAUGACAACAACGAUCUCGCUGUCUUUGAAGGCAACGCGAUACUAAGCUAUUUGACGAGGAAAUACGACCCAGAGAAUAAGUUAUCGUUCAAGAUUGAUGACGAUGACUAUACUCGUGCUGAGUCAUGGAUUGGUUGGCAGCAUGGUGGAAUUGGGCCUAUGGAAGGACAGGCGAACCACUUCAUUGGUGUCAAGCCAGAAAUCCCAUACGCUAUACAGCGUUAUGUUGGCGAGACAGAGCGCCUCUUUGGGGUCCUCGACAAGCGUCUUGCAGACCGAGACUACGUCGUCGGACCCGGUAGAGGUCGCUACUCCAUCGCAGAUAUCGCCCUGAUCGGCUGGACAGAUCGCCUGCCAGGCACAGCAAUUUCGUAUGAUCAGUUCCCGAAUGUCAAGGCAUGGCUUGCUCGUAUACUUGAGAGGCCUGCUGUGAAGCGGGGCUUGCUACUUCCGAGUGGCAAAGACAAGCCGACAGGAUUGGAUCCUGUGGAAGAAGAGACGAGGAGGAAACGCGCAGAGCUCAAGGAGGUCGUGGACAAGGCUAAGGAGCAAUUUGGAUACAAGUAUUCAUCGCCUUAA